AUGAAUACAGAUGAUUUGCAAGUAUCUUUUUUUGUAUCAAAUGAACAAAAAACUGAUCAACUUUCAGAUAAAUCAUCUAAACAAAUGAAUACAAUUGAUAAACAAAUAUCAAAACCAAAAUGUACACGUUGUGGUACAACACAAUUAAUUGAUAUAACACAUCAUGAAUUUCCUAAACAAAAAGGUCUUGUAUUUGAAUGUAUGUCAUGUGGAAAUAAUUCUCUUCGAUCAAAUGUAUCUGAUGAUGAACGACAACGUCGUUUAGCUAAAAUUGCUGCUGAUCAUUUAAAUAUAAUUGAAUGUCGAUUUUGUCAAAAACGUUUUAAUUCAAGUAAUGAUUAUUUAAUGCAUUUACGUAAUGAUCAUGCUUCAAAUACAAAAAAAUGA